CUUCUCUUUUCUUUAUAAGCCAACUGAACACCAAAAACCGAUUCCAUAAGCCCGUCGCUAAUCAGCCAGGCAGCUGCUCCCAGCAUGGACGACGACGCCGUUUUCUUCCCGCCGGACUCCGAUCUCGACAUCAGCUUCACCAGCUGCGCCUCCGCCGCCACCGACAGGACCUUCUCUUCCAGCGCGCGCAGCAGCCUCGCCCGCAGCAGCCUUACCCUCAGCUUCAACGAGUCCCGCCUCUCCGCCGCCGCUUGCGCCGCCAAGGCCGCCGAACCCUGUCUCCACCGCCGGAAGUCGGACGCCAACUGGUCGGCCAUCAAGGCGGCUACGACACUCUCCUCCGACGGCGCUCUCCACCUCCGCCACCUCAAGCUCCUUCGCCACCUUGGCACCGGAAACCUCGGGCGCGUCUUCCUCUGCCGCCUCCGCGACUACGACUCCGCCAGCUUUGCCCUAAAAGUCGUCGACCGCGAGUCUCUCUCCGCCAAGAAGCUCUCGCAAGUCGAAACGGAGGCUCGAAUCCUCUCUAAUCUCGACCAUCCGUUUCUCCCUACGCUCUACGCUCAUCUGCAGGUCUCGCACUACACUUGCCUCCUCAUCGAUUUCUGCCCAAACGGCGACCUCCACUCUCUCCUACGGAAGCAGCCGCGCAACCGCCUGCCGGUCCCCGCCGUCCGGUUCUUCGCCGCCGAGGUGCUGGUGGCGCUCGAAUACCUCCACGCUCUCGGCAUCGUCUACCGCGAUCUCAAGCCGGAAAACGUGCUGAUCCGCGAGGACGGCCACAUUAUGCUCUCCGAUUUCGAUCUCUGUUUCACCGCCGAUGUAUCGGCGAGGCUCCAGAACCGCGUGGUGGCCUCCGCCAAAACCCGGCGGCGAUGCUGCUUUGGUUAUCGCCGGCAGCCCGAGCAGGAAGAGAUCGUGAGUGAGUUUGUGGCCGAGCCGACGACGGCAUUCUCGAGGUCCUGUGUCGGGACGCACGAGUACUUGGCACCGGAGCUAGUUUCAGGUAACGGCCACGGAAACGGUGUUGACUGGUGGGCGUUUGGGGUGUUCAUAUACGAAUUACUCCACGGCGCGACACCGUUUAAGGGAGGGAGCAAAGAGGCCACCCUGCGCAACAUAGCAUCAACCAAAGGCGUCAGAUUCCCGGCGCCGGAGGGGGAGGCCGACGAAAGGGGAACGGCGGAGGCCAAGGACCUGAUAGAGAGGCUUUUAGUGAAGGACCCUAGGAGGAGGCUAGGGUGUGCCGGGGGUGCGACGGAUAUUAAACGUCACCCAUUUUUCGACGGAAUCAAGUGGCCCUUGAUCCGUACAUACAAGCCGCCGGAGGUUCGCGGCCUAGUGGUCCGGCGGACCAAGUCGCACGUGAGUCACGUAACUGGAGCGUCGUUAAUCCCCAAGAGACGGCGUUGGUGGUGGAAGGGGCUGAGUUAUAUUACCAGAAAAAAUAAGGUGUCUAAGCGCAAUCUAAACUCUAACCAAAACUACCAUUCUUAUAGCAAUGGUAGCAAGGUUAGAAAAUCAACAUAGAGACCACACUUUGAUUGCUUGUACCAUUUGUGUUUGCCAUACAUUUUCAUCAUACUUUGUAAAGUGAAAGAGUUGAGAGAAAAGAACAAAAGGGUUAAAAAAGUUUUGAUGGAGUACUUCUUUGGUUUUGUCCAAUUUUUCUUCAUGUAUUGACAAUUUUGAUAU